GCAGUUUUAAAUAGUUCUUAUAUUUCCGUCCAUCCAUUACUUUGCGUUCAAUGUCUUCUGUGAAGGAUUGUACAUGUGACAAGUUAAAAUCUUUCAAAAGUCCAUGGUGUGAUGCUGACUGUUUUGUUGUAAUCACAGGUGCAAGUCGUGGAUUUGGUCGGGCGUUCGCUGUAGAGCUAGUAAAGUCAAUGUCAUCUGGGGAAGACCAUGCUGCUUCCUUAAAUGUUUUACUAAUGGCUCGUGAUGUUAAUGCUCUUCGUGUAACGGAGUCUGAGGUGAGUUUAUCUAUAGAAGUUUCUUCCCUGAUGUAACCAAUAUGAUUAGAAAUUGGCUAGUUGAUCAUAGCAAUCCAGGCUUAACAAAAGAAUGUCAUUUGAUGUAUAAAAUGAUAAAAAAUGUAUGUAAAUACUUUUCUAUAUCUUAUGAAUCAACAUGCUGUAUUAAUAAGUCAGUCAUCGUUGGGUAUAUUGAAUCCUUAUAUACAAUAUCUGAAGAAAGCAAGUAUGUAUGCUUCAUUAUCAACUAAUUCUAAAAUGAAAUUAACUAUACUAGUAUCAACAUCAUCACUUGAUAUGUCUAAUGCUAAUAAAGAUAAUUUAUUAAAUGAUUUAAAACCAUUAUUUCAAUUAAAUUCAUUAUAUCCUAUUCAAUCUAAUAUAAAAUGUCAAUGGAAUAUGCUUGUACAUAAUGCAGCUACAUUAGGUAAUAUCAAGUCAAAAUCAUAUGAAUGUUAUAAUAUUGAUAUAUUAGAUACAUAUUAUCAUACUAAUUUAACUGCACCUAUCUUAUUAACAAAUUUAUUUAUAGAAUAUUUUAUCACUAAUCAUCAACCUAUUACUAUAGUGAAUAUAUCUAGUUUAACAGCUAUUCAACCAUUUCCAUAUAUGUCAGAUUAUUGUAUUGGUAAAUCAGCUAGAGAAAUGUAUUUUAAAUGUUUAUCUAUAGAUAAUCCAUCAUUAGCUAUAUUAAAUUAUUCUCCAGGACCAUUAAAUACAAAUAUGUUAACAGAAAUCAUAGAAAAUCAUGGUCAUAUAGAUACACGUAUUCAAUUUAAUAAUAUGAAAUUAAAUCAUCAAAUUAUUGAAUCAAAUGAAUCAGCUCGUGUAUGUAUUGGAUGGCUUAAAAAACAAAUACCAAUAGAUCCAUCUAAUAUAAAUUCUAUACCGAAAUUAAUACAUUGUUUAAUGCAUGAUAAAGAGUAUACAAAUUUAUGGUUAGGUAUACAUUUAGAUUAUUUUGAUGCUGUUGAGAAAGUUUAAAGAAGAAGAAGAAGGAAAAAAAUGCAUCAACAUUGUCGACGAUGAGAUUGUGAAUUUCAUAACUUCUCAAUUCUAUCAUCAGAAAUGAAUGAUAUAUUCAUAUAAGUGUCAACUAUUCUAUAUUAUGAAUGAUUCAAUUGAUGAACGUUUGUUCUAGUUCCAACGCUGAUUGAACUUGAAUUUUUGAAUAGUUAUCAAGAGCACAGAUCCAUUCUAUUUUUCAAUGUUACAAUAAACUUUCUACCCAGUUAACUAGAGUAUUUGUAUAGUUUCCAGAAGGAUCUAACAAACUGAAAAAAAACCAGUUUUUUUUUCUAACUUGCUUAGUUAAGUGUUUAAAUUAUUACUAAUACUAAAAAUGUAUUCAGAAAUCUCCAGAAACCAAGUCAAUCAUUAGUAGCCAUAUGAAAUACCCCUUCCUUUAAAACUGAAAUCAAUUUUACAGGGGAUCGAAGAUGUUGUUGUAUCCCGGUGAAGAUUAAAUUACAGGUAACUUCCAAGGACUAUUAAUGAACUAAUAUUCUAUAAAUAUUCUUAUUGUAUAACUAUUCAACAAUUACAUUAUGUAUAUUUAUAUUCCUCUUAUGAUAAGCUUUAUUUUGACCUAUAAUUUAUUAUUGUACGAUUUACGGUUCUUAAGCUAUGCUCAGUCUAUUAAUUACUGUCCCCCUCGUUCGCAGCCACUUUUUGGCUUAUUUGUGUACACAUGUUAUUUUCUAUUUUAUGGUACGUUGUGAUCUGUCUGGUUGAUAUAUAAACCGAGUAUGUCUGAAAUAAAUGAUUCGAUU